CCCAGUCCCCACCUGCCUCUCCGAUUCCUACCGGCUACCUCCUCUUCCGGUUGCGCUCCCCACCCCGGUGCAACUCAUUAAGGCCUUACCCACACACAAAUUCCAUUACCAAAAAAAUCAAAGAUAAGACCAUACACACUACACUUUUCCCUUCUUCUUCCUCCUUUUUCUGCACAAAUAAUCCGACAAUUUGGGUUGUCCGCCGGCGACAUGAGGAUCAGAAAACGGCAGGUCCCAUUAUCCUUCUCCUCUCUCUCUCCUCUCCCUCUCUCAGAUCCCCUCCUCCGCCGCACUCCGCCGGUGCAACUCCAUCUCCAACUCCCCUCCUCCGAUCCUCCAAAUCUACACCCCUACGCCUGCGAUUCCGCCGCCGACCACACUAAUAAUGCCUUGGGGAAGAAGGAUCAGCUAGAACAACACGAUUCCAGGGAAACGACUGUGUUUGGUGCAGAAACAAGCAAUGGGGUUCUUCCACUGUCCUCCUCUUCUCCUCAAGUGGGUGAUGGGCAAUGGUGCGAGAGGGAUAAGGAAUUUCCAUUAAAGAAGAGAAGAGGGAGCUUUGAGAGGCAAAGUGACGAUGAUCAGAACAAUGCCGAUGAUCAAACCACCACCGCCAUGGAGUCACUGCAAGAUCAUAAGAAGACAACGAAGAACAAGAAACAACCCAAACUGGGUUUGAAUCUCGCCGGAAAAAAGAGGUCGAGAGGCGGCGCGUUAAUGGAGGGAUCCCUGUGCAGCCGUGUCAAUGGAAGAGGAUGGCGAUGUUGCCAACAAACUCUCGUCGGUUAUUCUCUCUGUGAACAUCACUUGGGAAAAGGCCGUCUCCGCAGCAUGAACAACGUACGCAGCCGCUCUUUGGCCGCCGCCGCCGCCACACUGAAAAACAUUGUCACCGUUGAUAAAGACGAGAAAAAGCCACCUCCAUGCCCACCACCGCCGUCGCCAUCAUUGACGUUAGCCAGCAAGAAGAGAACCAAACUGGGUCUUGUGAAAGCUCGGUCAAUAAGCAGCUUACUCGGCCAACCGGACGGCAUGGCGGCAAUACCGCCGUCUCCGCCCCCGUCUCAGUCGACAUUGCCUAACGACAACAUUAACCAGUAGAAAACUAUAAUUUAUUACAAAGCGACCCCUCAUCUUUUGAGUAAUUUAAAAUUUUCAAUUAGGCUGUUUUGUAAAAAAAAAAACAAUAUUUAUUGUCUUAUUAAUAUAUUUGAAC